CCUUCCUAAUCGGGACACGCUUCGGCUGCAGCGUGUCGUCCGCAUCCAACCAGCUCAGGUACGCGUUCAGCCUCUUUUCAUGCCAAGCAGACUCCACCCACGACUGUUCCUCUCCUGCUACGUGAGGAUAGCUGCGAGCGGACGGAGCUCAUACCUGAUUACGGCCUGCAUGCGCGAGCGAAGUCUUGGGAAGAUGAGGUAUAAGAGCAAGGGUGCCUCUGCAGGGAGGAGGGAGCCAGGCGCGUCGCAUUCGCUACGAUGGCUUCUCUCGUUCGAUUCUUCGGCCUUGCGGCUUCGAUUGCUGUUUCUUCGGCCUUGACGAUCGCAGAGAUCAAUGGCAACAAGUUCCUUUCGCCCUACAACGGUCAAACCGUCUCCAAUGUCUCCGGAGUAAUUACCGCGAAAGGCCCAGAUGGCCUCUGGAUCCGUUCGACUACCCCCGAUCGCGACUCAAGGACGUCAGAGUCCAUCUAUGUGUUCGGGCGCGCUUUCGGCACGAAUUUGACCAUCGGGGACACGAUUGUAAUUGGCGGAAGGGUCCAGGAGUAUCGCUCAAACAAGGAUUACCUCUACUUGACGGAGAUCUCCAGUCCUACGCUGGAAGAGAAGCAUUCGAGCAGCACUGCCGUGAAGCCGCUGAUUAUCGGAAAAGAUACCACAGAUCCGCCGACCCAGCAGUACAGUAGCUUGGAUGGUGGAGAUGUCUUUGCAGUACCGAACAAUGUCUCUCUCAUUUCCGUAGCGAAUCCAUUGCUGGAUCCAAAGAAGUAUGGAUUGGAUUUCUGGGAGAGUCUGUCCGGCGAGCUGGUUACGGUGCGCAAGCCGAAGGCGAUUGCAAAGCCGAACAACUUCGGCGACACGUGGGUGGUUGGAGACUGGAAAGUUACCGGUCGGAAUGCACGUGGAGGCUUGACGAUGAUGGACAAAGACGCCAACCCAGAAACCAUUAUCAUCGGCAGUCCUUUGGAUGGAAGCUCGAACCCCUCUACUACGAAACUCGGAGACGACCUGGAGGAGAUCACUGGUGUGAUCACCUACGCUUUUGGUUUCUACCGCAUUCUGCCCACGACCUCUAUCAAGAUCACCAAAUCUGCGAAGCCUGAGCUCCCAGCGGCCACCAAGCUCCUUCCAAGCGGGAACUGCGACGGCAUCACUUUCGGCGCGUACAACGUCGAGAAUCUAGCGCCCACCAGUAGCCACAUGACUGCUAUCGCGUCCCAUAUCGUGGAGUAUUUGAAAUCUCCGGAUUUGGUCUUCGUGCAGGAAGUUCAGGACGAUAAUGGACCCACUAAUGAUGCAGUCGUAUCCGCGAACCUGACCCUCUCCACCCUGACCGCUGCCAUCGCCUCAGCAGGCGGUCCAAACUACACCUUCACGGAUGUUGCGCCCAGCGACGACCAAGACGGCGGGCAACCUGGCGGUAACAUCCGCGUGGCCUAUCUCUACAAGCCUUCCCUCAUCAGGCUUUAUAAGCCCAAUCCGGGAGGCGCAUUGGACGCCAAUGAAGUCUUGCCUGGCCCAACUCUUAAGUAUAAUCCUGGACGCAUCGAUCCUGCUAACGCGGCCUGGACUGCGAGCCGCAAGCCCCUUGUUGCACAGUGGGAGGUCAUCGGUCGGAACGGGAGAGGUAAUGGUAAGUUCUUCACUGUGAACGUGCACUUCGGAUCAAAGGGGGGAAGUAGCAGCAUUGAGGGUGACGCGAGACCGCCGGUAAAUGGUGGUGUAGAGGAUCGAUUGGCGCAAGCUGAGUUAACCGCGAACUUCGUUAAGGCUAUCCUGACUAAGGACAAGAAAGCUCGCAUCAUUACCGCCGGAGACUUCAACGAAUUCACCUUUGUCGAGCCCCUUGAGCAAUACACCUCGAUCUCCGGCCUUAAGGAUCUCGACGCAGUGGUCGGCAUUAAGCCCGUGGAACGUUACACUUACCUGUUCGACAUGAACGCCCAGCAGCUCGACCACAUGUUUGUUUCGGAUGCGGCGACGAAGAAGGCACAGUAUGAGCAUAUCCACAUUAACACCUGGGUGGAUAGGGACGCGCAGAUCAGCGAUCAUGAUCCAAGUGUUGCGAAGCUCGAUGUUUGUGCGUAAGCGAGCGAAGCUAAUCGACUAGAGCUU